AUGCCCAUGCUCGACAAGGCUUUCUGUUUGAUCGAGGCAGAACUGAAACAGCCCGUGACACUCAGCUUGUUUGGCUGGCCGUCUGGACCAAUGAUGGUGACUGUGUUUCUGAACUGGUCGUCUUCCUUGGGUGUGUCCAGAUUCGAGUUGUUUCUGUCGUUGCUGGUGAUUGCGCGGUCCACACUUUCCAGAGUGGCUGACGAGUUGGAGAUCACGUCAGCCAAAUCGGUCACCUUGAUCUUGGACUUGAGUCUCUCUGUGUUGAGCAAGUGGACCAGAAUCUGCAGCCGGAUCCGGUCGCCAACUUUGGUGAUGCCGAUCUCCUUCAGAGCGUUUCUGUCCAGCUGGGGGAGCAACUCCGUCUUGAUCUUGUUUGAAACGAACAGAUCCAAGUACUCUUCGCACUCUACCGUUUCCAAAUACUGUAGCAGCUCGAACCGGUCUGUUUCCGUGAAAGCAUCGGAUUUCUGUGUCGGCGCAUCGUCGUUGUUGGUCUGA